AUGUCGAUUGCAUGUUACGUUUUUGCGGUACUGGCGCCCGUGUUUGUGCUGCUCAACGGCUUCUCACUCCAUGAAGCCAUCAAACACCCGACUUUUGGCGUCUACUCUGCCACCACCCCUCUGCUACUUUCGGCUGCGUUAUUUGCUACGCUUCCAGAACUCACACGAUCCGCCCGACCAACCUCGGCUCCGGUAUCGUCGAUACUGCUGCCACUCUGCUACCUCGGACUGGCUCUCAAUCUCGCCGCGACCCUCACCUGGACCUACAGACACUACCAGCUGCGACAGAUCAUAGUCCGAAACCACUAUGAUGCCCACUACGACAAGGUGAUUGAAAGAUGCGGGAAGAGCGCCGGCCAGGUGGCGUUUGUACACAGCUGCGAAGAUGGCAUUGCCAAAAUCAGAUCGCCCCGGCUGUCGGUGCUCGGAUGGCCCCACGUGACCCUCGUGGGCUAUCUAGUCCUGGCCGUCUUUUUCCUGUGCCCCUCCCAUAUCACCAAGUCUAGCACCACUGGUUUGGAGUAG